UUAUCGCCGCGGCCAGAAUUCCCCAGCAUUGAAAACCGGGCGAUAAAUGCGCAUGAGUAAACUGUCGAACAUAAAAUAUCCACACACACGCAUACAUGCUUUAUCUGUGAAUUUCUGUUCUUACCUGCAAUCAUCAAGGCUCGCACUACAUUACGCCAAAACUGAGACAUUUACAAGCUGACUGGCCGUAAGCACUCUGGCACAGUGUUUUAACGAGUCUAACCCAAUUUUCUUUCCGUUUGACUCUUCCAUUGUGAUCCGCCAUUAAUUGUCGACUUACAUAGCAGUUCAUUUAUUCCUCGUAAAGGUCAAUAUUGGUGAUCUCGGAUUGGCAUUUAUUUUUUGUGUGGAAAAUGCGGCGCGCGCCGGGAUUUUUCUGCGGAUUAUUCGUGCUGAUUUCGGUGGUGUCCGCCCAGUAUAAUAGCCAGUAUAAUCAAUAUAAUCCUAGUAAUCAGUAUCCCAAUCAGAAUCCCACACAGUCAUCGUACGGUUAUAAUCAGAAUGCUCAACAACAACAGGGCGGCAGCAAUUCGUGGUCGAAUCAGCAGCAACAACAGAAUGCCGGCAAUACAUACGGAUCGUACAAUACCGGUGAUCAGCAGCAAUGGCAAGUGAGCGGCCAGCAGAGCCUCUUCAAUCUGCCGCCCGGCGUAAUACCGCUACGUUUCUGCACGGUGGACGUCAGCGAGCAGCAACAAUGCCAGAAGAUGGUCUAUGAUAUUAAGAACAGUCCGAAUCUGCGUUCCGCUGUUCCCGAUCCCUUACUCAACGCCUACGCUAACCGUAGUCCCCGUCAGACCAACGUCGGAUUCAAGCGCUUCGAAUACAGCUGUGUGCAAGCUGUUGACAAGCUGGAAUGUAUGGCCUUCAUCAAGAACGACAUUGCCGAUAUCGUCCUGGUGACACCGGGUGAAGCUUACGUGGGCGAGAAGGAUUUCGGUCUGCAGGCGGUGGUGGCGGAAGCCUUCGGUCGUGAUAAGCUGGAUGCGGAAGACCAAGCUAUGGCCAUUGUCCGCACCACCAGCGGCAUCACCGAUAUCAGUCAGCUGCGCGGAAGACGUGCCUGCUUUAAUUCGGUGGGCGACACGGUGACCUGGGACUUGGUGGCCUCGUAUCUCGCACGCCACGCCAAUCAGCUGACACAGCCCCAAUGCCAUGAGAAUACCAUGGAUGUGAUGAUGAAGUACUUUGGAGAGAUGUGCGCGCCCUAUGAUAAUCGCAACUACACCGACGAAGAAAAUAACCGCUACCGGCGCCUCUGCACAUUAUGCGGCGGCGGUGGCACGUGUCCGCAUUUUGCAACGGUCGCGCAGCGGCCGGAUAACUCCCUCAACUGCCUCAUGCAGAACCCCAACGCUGAUGUGGCCUUCGUCUCGGCCACCGUCUUGCGCGAUGCCCUUGGUACAAUGGGCAAUGUUGACAACUACCAGAUUUUAUGCCCCAACCAACAGCCAGUCCCGCUGCGCGGCACCGCCACGGGCGGCGGCGGCGGUUAUGCCGGGCAGGCGCGGAUGCUGGACGAAUCGUGGACGGAGUGUCAUGUGGGGCGGAUCCCGUCCAGCUUGUGGAUCACGCGACAGAGCUUCCAGUAUGCCCGCUAUGCGGCACAGAAAUUCUGGGAAAUCCAUCUGUCGUACCAGUCCAGCGGCCAGCAGCGGCCACAGUGGCUGACCAGUCCCAGUUUCUUUGUGGGCAGCUACCGGAAUAAUGCACAGCCAUCUGGUGUCAAUUUCAAGUUUGAUACGGUGCUAACGGUGGAUAAUCAUUUGGGUGCGUAUAAAGCGUAUCUGGAGGAUCCCAUAGUCUGCAGUGCGUCCGCACGUGCCAAGUUGUGCACCACUUCCGCUCUGGAGCUGGAGCGAUGCGGCCUAAUGAAGCUAGCAUUCCAGGCACAUCGCAUCCGCCCGGAACUCGAAUGUCAACCACCGGUGAAGAAUCCAUAUGUCUGUCUGACUAAAAUCAACGCCAACCAAACGGAUAUUGCGAUGGUCGAUGUUGGUGACCUUGUUGCCGCCGGAAGCCACUUUAACGCCAUCCAGCUUGCUCAGGAGCGCUUCGUUAGCCGUGACCGUCUAGGCAGCACCAGCUCCAUCUUCGACGAGGCGUAUUCCGUGGCAUUGGUCCGCGAUCCCAACAUCCGCAGCCUGAACGAUCUUCGCGGAAAGCACGCCUGCUUCAGCGGCGUCUUUGAGGCCAACGGCUUCAUGUUGCCCAUUAACGCGCUGCGCCGCAAUGGUCUAUUGGGCCACAGCGACUGUCAGAAUAUCCGAGCGGCGGCCGAUUUCUUCGGGGACUCCUGUCUGCCGGGUCUGUCGGAUGCCGAACUCAAUACCAACGUGUGGACCGACGACAAGGCCAAGCUGUGCCGUCGGUGUGAGCGCGGUGAGCAGUCAUGUGCGCGAGGCGGAGAUAAUAAGUACGACGGGGAGAUGGGCGCGUUGAACUGCCUGCGCGACGGAAAAGGGGAUGUGGCAUUCGUGUCCCAUACGGUGCUGAACGAGAUUCCGGAUGAACAGCGGAGGAUGUUCUAUUUAGUGUGCGGACAGGCUAAUUCCGGGACGGCGCAGGGCAUUGAUUCGUAUAAUACCUGCAAUUUGGAAAAGGCACCUGGUGGCGUUAUCGUCACGAACCGGUACAAACCGCUAGCAGAGAAGCGCCGCUUGACCGACAUGCUGCUGACCGCCAGCAGUCUCUUCAGUGCCGACCUGACCAUAAACAACUUCCAGAACGUCCGCAUUGAUCUGCGCUCUGGCGCCAUGGACCGUGCCCGCAAGACCUACCACAUGUUCGGCAAACGCAACCGUACCGACUCCUACCUCACCUACUCUUCGACCUCCAAUUUCUACGGCCAGACCGGCCAGACGGGCGGUAGCCAAUACAACAGCGGCAACAACCAAUACAACAACCAAUAUCAGAGCAACCAAUACCAGCAAAGCACCUCAUCGUACUACAACAGCAACAACAAUUAUCAACAGCAGCAGAAUCAGCAACAGCAAUCCCAGUACAGCAAUCAGCCACUGAGUACCCUCAAUACCGCCGGCCACUACGCCAUCUUCAGUCCGUCGGCGUAUGAUCUGCGCGGUUUCGGUGACGAUAACACUACCCACGUGGGACUGGCGCUGGGUUCGUACCGGGAACUGGCCGAGCGGAGUAACUGGCGGGUGUGCAUUGAUACUGGCACGGCCGCCCGCCCAGCGGUGGCGGGCAUGUUUAGUGUUCUUGUGAUGGUGGUGCUAAGCAGGAUCCUGUUGUGAGAAUGGUCAACGGUGGGAGUUUAGUUUUGUAUUAACGUUUUUGUCCGGGAUUUUAUUGGGAGAAUAUGUGCCACUGAUACCAAAAUGCGUAGCGCGUUGAGGGGUUCUUCGAUUUCGUUUUUUUGUUGCAGGACUUUUUUGUGGAAUAUAUUUAUGUACCCAGUAAAAACUAACAUUAAUGCAAUCGCCGGUUCGUACGAGAUAUUUGUGCGGAAUAGUCGUUGUUGAUGUUGUUUCUUGUGUAAUUAAUAAAGUUACCAUAGAUCGAA